CCGGAAAUGGGGAUAAUCCCCACCCCCUGGCGGGGCGAAGCUGCCUGCGAAGUUCGACAUGAAUGUCCUAGCGAGGGUUGCCGCCGGGCGCUUGGCAGCUGCUCGAGCGGUCAUUCCUUGUCUUUGGAGAGGGCAGUAUUUCAGCUCCGGGAAAGAGCCGGCAGAAGACAACUCAGUGACUCCUAUGCUUAGGCAUCUUAUAUACAAAAUCAAGUCCACUGGUCCCAUCACUGUGGCCGAGUACAUGAGGGAGGUCUUGACCAACCCCGCCAAGGGAUAUUACGUGACUCGUGACAUGCUAGGAGAAAAAGGAGAUUUCAUUACUUCACCUGAAAUAAGUCAGAUCUUUGGGGAGCUCCUAGGGAUAUGGUUCAUCAGUGAAUGGAUAGCCACUGGGAAAAAUGCAGCUUUCCAACUGGUGGAACUGGGCCCAGGCAGGGGAACCCUCUCAGGAGAUAUUUUGAGGGUGUUCAGUCAGCUUGGAUCUGUGCUGAAAAACUGUGACAUUUCAAUACAUCUGGUAGAGGUGAGCCAAAAAUUAAGUGAGAUUCAAGCAUUAACAUUGACUGAAGAGAAGGUCCCGUUAGAGCGAGAAGCUGGAUCCCCAGUAUACAUGAAAGGUGUCACGAAGUCUGGAAUUCCAAUUUCCUGGUACCGAGAUCUGCAAGAUGUUCCAAAAGGGUACAGCUUCUAUCUUGCACAUGAAUUUUUUGACGUUCUUCCUGUGCAUAAGUUUCAGAAAACACCACAGGGAUGGCGAGAAGUGCUUGUUGAUAUUGAUCCACAAGUUUCUGAUAAACUGAGAUUUGUUUUGGCGCCUUGUGCCACCCCAGCAGAAGCCUUCAUACAAUGUGAUGAAACAAGGGAUCACGUGGAAGUAUGUCCUGAUGCUGGUGUUAUUAUUCAAGAACUUGCCCAACGCAUUUCACUAACUGGGGGUGCUGCUCUGAUCGCUGAUUAUGGUCAUGAUGGAACUAAGACAGAUACCUUCAGAGGGUUUUGUGGCCACCAGCUUCAUGAUGUCUUAAUUGCCCCGGGAACAGCAGACCUAACAGCCGAUGUGGACUUCAGUUACUUGCGCAGAAUGUCCCAGGGGAAGGUAGCUUCUCUGGGUCCAAUAAGUCAGCAAACAUUUUUAAGAAAUAUGGGCAUUGAUGUGAGGCUGAAGAUUCUCUUAGAUAAAUCAGAUGAGCCAUCACUGAGGGAGCAGUUACUUCAGGGGUACCGUAUGUUAAUGAAUCCUGAGAAGAUGGGAGAAAGAUUUAACUUUUUUGCCUUGGUACCUCAUCAGAGACUUCAUGGUAGACAUCAUCAGAUGAAUGCAUGUCAGUCAAAACCCUCUCCAUCACCUGUAGCUGGGUUUGGUGAACUCGUUUGGAGGUGAUAUUUCAGUUUGAAUUUUUCACCCUCAAGUUGGCCUAAGAGUCUAGAAUAAAGGGAACAUUUUAUAUAUCACAGGUAAAAUAAGUAUUCAAAUAUUUUCUUCACAGCCAAUAAAAAUAGCCAGUUUUACAUACAGUACAACUAAAAAUUGAUUUAAGAUGAUAUUUGAUUCAGAGUUCCCACUUUGCUGCAGUGGGUUAAGAACCUGACUGCCCUGGCUUGAGUUGCUGUGGAGGCAUGGGUUUGGUCCCCGCCAAGUGCAGUGGAUUAACAGGAUCCUGUAUUGCCAUGGCUGUGGUGUAGGUCACAGUUGUGGCUCAUAUUCAGACCCUGGCCCAGGAACUUCCCACAUACCAUGGGUAUGGCCAUAAAAUUUAAAAGAUAAAUGAAUAAAUUUAAAAAGAUUAUGUUGAUUCUUGGUACAGAUGUGUUCUCAAUAUAAUGAAAGAAAUUACUGCGUUUCCUCUAACAAUGCUAGUUGCUAUAUUUGUAUUUUAAAAAGUAAACAUGAAUACUGAUUGAUUUAAUAACAACUGGAAACAACUGGUCAUUCACAGGGAACUAAAUAGAACUAUCCAUAUAUUAUUUUUAAAAUGAGGUAGAGCAAUAUGUUCUGACAUAGAUCUCUAAGAUUCAGUAAGUGAAAAAAGUAGGGUUCAAAAUGUUUUAUAGUCCUGAUUCCAUUUUUGUUGGAGAAAAGCUAUUUUUAAAGAAAUGCUUAGAAGUAAUUUCACAACAAUUAAAAUGCUAAACACAGA